GUCAAAAUUGAAAAUAUUCAAAAUAUCAAAACAAUAAUAAAACUUGCAAUACAUAAUGUACUUAUUUUUAAUCUGAAAUUCGAGAUAUUAUUAUGGAAUUACAUUAAAAACGAUAAUUGUAUUGUGGAUGAUUAUCAUAUUUUUCAAAUAUGAAUUGUGAUUAAAGGUUUAAUGGAAUUUCAAUUUGAACAUGUUCCGGUUACGUCGACAGUUGAUAGCGUUGUUUUUCGCAUUUUUCCUCGACAAAGUGCGGUUACUAGACAAUGGGUUGGCUCGAACACCUCCCAUGGGGUGGAUGUCGUGGGGCUAUUACAUGUGCGGCGAUAAAUGUGACGACAAACCGGAAAAAUGCCUCGAUGAACAGCUUAUAUUGUCAGUGGUGGACACAUUCUACAAAGAAGGUUACCAAGAAGCGGGCUUUGAGUAUAUCAUCAUAGACGAUUGUUGGUCAGAGAAAAAACGUGAUGAAUAUGGAAGACUCGUUCCAGAUAAAAAGAGGUUUCCAAGAGGGAUGAAAUUCAUAGCUGAUUAUAUCCACGCACGUGGCUUGAAAUUUGGUAUGUAUACCAAUAUAGCUACCACAACAUGCAUGAGGUACCCAGGCUCGAGAGGCCACUUCAGCACCGACGCCAAGACCUUCGCCGAGUGGGGUGUGGACUAUCUAAAGGUUGAUGGGUGCUUCGUUGAAGAGGACUACCUCAAUAUAGCGUAUAUCAAAUUGGGUCAGUAUUUGAACGAAACUGGCAAACCGAUGGUGUACUCGUGUAGUUGGCCUUACUAUAUAGAAUACAUACAUAAUAAGAAGGCCGACUAUGAUUCAGUCGCCAGAUACUGCAAUUUAUGGCGUAAUUACCACGAUGUGGUCCUCUCUUGGUCCGCUGUAAAGGCCAUCAUCGACCAUUACGAGAAGGAAUACCCCAUCCUGGAGCAGUACCACGGUCCCGGACACUGGAAUGACCCUGAUAUGCUGAUAUUCGGCACAGGAACACUGUCAAACAGCCAAAGUCGAGUGCACUUGGCCGUAUACGCCAUGUGGUCGGCGCCUCUUUUACUGAGCUGUGAUAUGACUAAAGUCAGACCAUACGAAAAGAAGUUACUACAGAACAUGGAGUUAAUGGCUAUAGCGAAAGACCCUUUGGGGCUGAUGGCCAGGCCCUAUAAGUUGGCGAACUCUGUAACUUUAUGGGUGAAACGCCACCUGCCGAUGAAGGGUGAUAUGUAUCAUUCCUUCUCUUUCGCGUUCGUUAACGUGCACGAAGAGAGUCGCGCCGUCUCUUUCACGCCGCGUCGUUAUGGGCUCAAUUCGACAGACGGUUAUACGAUUAUGGAUGUAUUCACCAAAGACUUCAUAAGGAAUGUCACGCUGAAUGAUAGUAUAGACGUCGAAUUGCCACCUGAAGCACAAAAGUUCUUCCAAGGAGACGCACCUAACCGUCAGCCAGAUGUCUGCAAUCAGGACGUUUAUAAACGCUUUCAACUGGCUUUACAUGAGUUUUACACGAAACUCAACCUUUUAAUCUCAGAAAAUAAUAGUCACUAUGUAUUCUCCCCAUUGUCUGUGUGGCUUUCGAUUAUGACUCUUGCCGAAGGCUGUGAUCCGGUAUACCAGAAAGAACUCUUCGCUGUUCUAAAUCUUCCCGAGCAGAAAUGUCUCCGCGAGCAGUAUUACAACUUUGGUUUGAAACAAUUACCUAAAACUGGGGACGACGUCGAAAUUGUAAGCAAGAACCUUUUCGUACUCGAUGAAUAUACAAAAGUGGAGCCGAAUUGGGCAAAAUUCGCGGACGGCAGUUUCCUCGAAUUGGCUUUCUCCCCGAUCAAAAGUGAUCCGAACUUUGCCGCUGAGAAUUUACGCCAGCUACUAAAGUUUCAUUCGACGCCUAUUCUGAACGGUAACUCUGCACUUUUCAAUUCUAUUGAUUUUCAAUUUCUCUGGAGGUACACUUUCGCCGAAAGUGAGAUUCAAAGCAAUGCACCGUUCUACAACGACGCAGGCAAAGAGAUCGGAAGGGUUGAUCUCAUGAGAAUGAAGAGGCGGGUGAGGUUAGCUCAUUUGCCACAUUUGAACGCUAAAGUUCUCGAAUUACCCGUCGGACAUAAUGGCCGAUACAAGAUGAUCAUCGUGAUGAACGAUGAUUUGGGACUCUUCAGAAGCUUUAUCGGUAGACUACUUACCAAAUAUUUAUACGAAAUCUUAGAGAGUUUGAAGGAGAGUAUUGUUCCAUUAGAGGUAGCGAUACCUCGUUUUGAUAUUAAUUUCGAGUUCGAUGCGCGGAUUGCUCUCGAAAAUAUGGGAAUUAAGGAAUUAUGGAGCAAUCCCAGCGUUACUAGUUACAUAUCACAACCGCCAGCUUUACCAGGAAGCUACCAUCAACGGGUGCUGCUGAAGGUGGGCAACCAGGGUUUAGAAGAUUCUGUGGAUCGUACCCCAAACACGAUUAUCGGUGGCAUGAUAAAUGUGGUAUCCAAUGUAGGAACCGGCGCUGCUUCGGUGAUUGGAAGGGAAUUUAUCGCAAAUAAACCGUUUGGCUUCAUGUUAUUGGAUGGGGAGAGCAGCAGUUGUAUAUUCGCUGGGGCUUAUACUGGGCCGACCGUUGUGUAAUACUUUCCUAUUGAGAUACAUUAUACAAAUAUAUAUAAUAUGCAGGAUAAAAUUUAGACGAUUUUAGUACUUUGUUCAUUCUACUUCAACUAUGUAAUCCUAGUAUUUAUUGACACUUAUUUGUUUUCUGUUAGAGAGAUUUUUUAUCUUUAUUUAUUUAGGGACUUUUGACCUUUUAAGCACGUCAGUCCCAUCGUACCUUA